CCGGUAAAGUUGUGGCAGACGUCGGCAUGUGGAGUUGACGACUGCGAAACGUUAGUUUAUGGUUUUAUAGGUUCUUGUUUGUCCAUUGUUGGAUGUCGACGAUUAUCCAAGAAUGACGGACUAUGCAGAAGAACAGCGUAAUGAAAUAGAAGCGUUGAUGUCUAUUUAUCCAGAGGAAUUACAAAUUGUACAAGACUCGCCACAUUUUGUAUUUCAACUGACAGUAUCAUCUUCAGAGUCAGAAGAACCAAAAGACCCAGAGAAUGAGAAUGACAUUGAUGAUCGAGUUACAUGUGUGAUACAAUUUACAUAUGCACCUACAUACCCUGAUGAACCUCCCCUGAUAGAAAUAAUUUCUUCAGAAAAGAUGGAUGAUGAACAACAAACCAAAGUCUUAGAUUUCAUCAAUGAACAGGUAAUCUUUUUGUGAUAUGUCUGUUGUAGG